UGUGUUUUUGUAGCCUGUGUCCUAACUUCUGCCAGACCUCGGUCAUCCCUCUUCCGCGAUCCACGGAUACUCUCAGAUUUCGUCCCAAUGUCGCAACACAAGGUGACUCAACUCCUCAUCUGUGUGUGAGUCUCCACCCUGAUGGAGAGGGAGGUCUCGCGAGAGCGCCUCUUCUCGCGAUGCCGCCCAGCAUCGCCGCUGCUGCAGUGCUUAUAAAGUGAAGAGACGCGGAGCUGCGGCAAGGUCGCGCAGCAUCACGGCGAACGCUAGCCACGGAACGCUCGGUUCACGAAGAUCGUUAGCGUCCUCUGGAGCGCGUCGGAUAUUUCCUCGCACGCGUUCAGCUGUCAGGAGUUGUUGACUGGACGCACGCGCCGCUGUUCUCCGUUUGUUGCGUUGUUUUAGUCCUCCUGCAGCAUCAGUGUCACCUCUACCGACUCCGCUGCACUUUACCGGACAUCAUCGGCUCUGAGGACGCUUCUCUGUCAUGUCGGCGUCACCUCCGCCCCCCGCCGCGAGCGACCAUCUCUCCGCGCCCGAGCCUGACGCGCUGAAGCCCGCGGGUCCCACGCCGAGCCAGAGCCGCUUCCAGGUGGACCUGGUGUCGGAGUGCGCCGCGCACACGCCGGCCUCGGACUCCUCUCCACCCGAGUACUCCGCCGAACCGCCACGGGAUCUCGCGUCCGGCGGCGAGGAAGCCAAGGGCCGGUUUCGCGUGGUGAACUUCGCGGCCUCGAGCCCGGACGCGGCGCCGGGGGACAGCGCGCAGAACGGGGACACGGUGAUGAGCGAGGGCAGCCUGCACUCAUCCACCGGCGGCCAGCAGCACCAUCACUACGACACACACACCAACACCUACUACCUCCGCACCUUCGGACACAACACCAUCGACGCCGUGCCCAACAUCGACUUCUACCGGCAGACGGCGGCUCCGCUGGGCGAGAAGCUGAUCAGACCCACCCUCUCCGAGCUGCACGACGAGCUGGACAAGGAGCCGUUCGAGGAUGGCUUUGCUAACGGCGAGGAGCUGACUCCUGCGGAGGAGGCCGCGGCUAAAGAAGCCUCCGAGUCUAAAGGAGUGGUGAAGUUCGGCUGGAUCAAAGGAGUGCUGGUGCGCUGCAUGUUAAACAUAUGGGGCGUGAUGCUCUUCAUUCGAAUGACAUGGAUCGUGGGCCAGGCUGGAAUUGCGUAUUCCUGCAUCAUUGUUAUCAUGGCCACUGUAGUGACGACCAUCACGGGCUGCUCCACCUCUGCGAUCGCCACCAAUGGCUUUGUACGAGGAGGUGGGGCGUAUUACUUAAUAUCUCGAAGUCUGGGCCCAGAGUUUGGCGGCUCCAUUGGUCUUAUUUUCGCCUUUGCCAACGCUGUGGCCGUGGCCAUGUACGUCGUGGGCUUCGCAGAAACUGUAGUUGAGCUGCUCAUUAAUUCCAAUGCACUCAUGCUCGAUGAGAUUAAUGAUGUCAGGAUCAUUGGAACCAUUACGGUCAUCCUGCUGCUUGGUAUCUCUGUGGCUGGAAUGGAGUGGGAGGCCAAGGCUCAAAUAUUCCUCCUGUUCAUUUUGGUAACUGCUAUCUUUAACUACUUCAUUGGGACCUUCAUCGCUGUCGAGUCCAAGGAGAAAUUUGGCUUCUUCGGCUAUGAUGCCGGCAUCUUGGCAGAUAACUUUGGCCCAGACUUUCGAGGGCAGACGUUUUUCUCCGUUUUUUCCAUCUUCUUCCCGGCUGCCACAGGUAUUUUGGCUGGAGCCAACAUCUCAGGAGAUCUAGCAGAUCCUCAAAUGGCCAUCCCUAAAGGAACGCUGUUGGCUAUCCUCAUAACGGGCCUCGUGUACAUGGGGGUGGCCAUUUCUGCAGGUGCUUGCAUCGUGCGGGAUGCUACAGGAAUGGAGAGUAACGUAACUCUCGGUGGCUUAAACUGCACUGACGCGGUCUGUAAGUUCGGCUAUGACUUCACUUCCUGCAGACCUGUUGGAGGAGGAAAGUCUAACUGCAAGUUCGGCCUUCACAACGAUUUCCAGGUCAUGAGUGUGGUGUCAGGCUUCGGACCCCUCAUCACGGCCGGCAUCUUCUCUGCCACCCUCUCCUCCGCCCUGGCUUCUCUCGUCAGCGCCCCCAAGGUCUUCCAGGCUUUAUGCAAAGACAAUAUCUACCCUGGAAUUGGAGUAUUCGGCAAGGGCUACGGCAAGAACAACGAGCCCCUGCGAGGAUAUUUGCUCACCUUUGGCAUUGCCUUGGCCUUCAUUGUCAUUGCGGAGUUGAAUGUCAUCGCCCCAAUCAUUUCCAAUUUCUUCCUGGCCUCGUACGCUCUCAUCAACUUCUCAGUGUUUCACGCGUCGCUGGCCAAUUCCCCCGGAUGGAGGCCGAGCUUCAAGUACUACAACAUGUGGGUGUCUCUGGCCGGGGCCAUCCUGUGUUGUGUGGUCAUGUUCAUCAUCAACUGGUGGGCGGCCCUCCUGACCAACGUCAUCGUCCUGUCCCUCUACAUCUACGUCAGCUACAAGAAACCAGAUGUGAACUGGGGCUCGUCCACUCAAGCACUGACGUAUCACCAGGCCCUGACACACAGUCUGCAGCUGUGCGGAGUAGCUGACCACAUCAAAACCUACAGGCCACAGUGUCUGGUGAUGACCGGAGCUCCAAACUCACGCCCAGCUCUUCUGCAUCUGGUGCAUGCCUUCACCAAGAACGUGGGUCUGAUGCUGUGCGGCCACGUGCGCGUGAGUUCCCGGCGGCCCAACUUCAAAGAGCUGAGCAGCGAUAUGCUGCGCUACCAAAGGUGGCUCCUCCACAACAGCUCCAAGGCGUUUUACACUCCUGUGGUGGCUGAAGACCUUCGCCAAGGAACCCAGUACCUGCUGCAGGCUGCUGGUCUGGGCAGACUGAGGCCCAACACGCUGGUGCUCGGCUUCAAGAACGACUGGCGCUUCGGAGAUAUAAAGGACGUGGAGACCUACAUAAACCUGAUGCACGAUGCAUUUGAUUUUCAGUACGGUGUGGUCAUUCUCAGACUGCGAGAGGGACUUGAUAUCUCUCACAUUCAAGGCCAAGAUGAUUCUUCAGCGAUGAAGGAUGUUAUAGUUUCAGUGGACAUGAGCAAAGACUCGGAUGGAGACUCGUCCAAACCCUCCUCCAAGGCCACCAGUGUCCAGAACAGCCCGGCCGUCCAGAAAGAUGAGGAAGAGGAUGGCAAAGCCUACACUCGGCCGCUGUUGAAGAAAGAGAAGAUGAGCCCCACGCUUCCUCUGAAUGUGGCCGAUCAGCGGCUGCUGGACGCCAGUCAACAGUUCCAGCAGAAGCAGGGCAAGGGCACCAUCGACGUCUGGUGGCUCUUUGAUGACGGAGGUCUGACUCUGCUCAUCCCCUAUCUGAUCGCCAACAAGAAGAAGUGGAAGGACUGUAAGAUCCGCGUCUUCAUCGGGGGCAAGAUCAACCGAAUCGACCAUGACCGCAGAGCCAUGGCCACACUGCUCAGCAAGUUCAGGAUCGAUUUCUCUGACAUCACGGUCCUGGGGGACGUCAACACGAAGCCCAAGUCAGAGGGUUUGACAGAGUUUGCUCAGAUGAUCGAGCCGUAUAAGCUGAGAGAAGAUGACAUGGAGCAGGAAGCUGCAGAGAGGCUGAAGAGUGAAGAGCCCUGGAGAAUCACAGACAACGAGCUGGAGCUCUACAAAGCCAAGAGUAACCGUCAGAUCCGACUGAACGAGCUGUUGAAGGAGCACUCGAGCACAGCCAACCUCAUCGUCAUGAGCAUGCCGCUGGCCAGGAAAGGAGCCGUCUCCAGCGCUCUUUACAUGGCCUGGCUGGACACACUAUCCAAAGACCUGCCGCCCAUCCUCUUGGUGCGUGGGAACCAUCAGAGCGUCCUCACCUUCUACUCGUAGAGCGCUCUCAGACUCAUGAUGAUGAUGAUGAUGAUGAUGAUGAUUUUAAUGAUGCUGAUGGACGUUUCUUGAGCCGAGCUGAAACAAACAGACUCCUUCCACGCCGCAGAGCUCACAGGAAAGAUCAAUGGCGGUUUAUAUUGUCCUCAGCUCACAGGUUUCCGAGCACACCUUGUUACACUGAUUGUUGUUAUCAUUACUAUGAUUGUCGCAACUUUGCGUUGUGGAUUUUUAUUUUUUCCCUCUUUUUUUAUUUAAUUUGCUCUUGAUGAAGCAAUAAUCACCUCAUUUCUUAUUUCCUCACUUUGAAGAAAAACACGAUUCUUUGCAACACUUUUUAUAGCCUUGUGGAUGUGCCUUCCUGUGCAAUCAGAUUCAAUCUUACUCUUUUCCCUGACUGGUGAUUUAUAACGAAAUAGUGUAGGCUGCUCGUUUUUAUUGGGUUUUAAAUGUAAAUCUUCCUUGAUUUUAUCACAUUUUAACGCGAAUGGACAGAGUUUUCCACCGCGCCGCAUCUGAAAACACUUAAUCGCUUUUUUGUAGGCAGAUUAUUAUUUUAUUUUAGUUCAAAGUUUUGUCUUCCUUUAAGCAUUGGAUGAGUUGUGGAGUUCUAGCGCAGCGCUAACUGCCCCUCCAUGUUCUUCUUACAAUGUUCGAGCUGAACUACAGGGUGAUUACAAUCAUCUUUCAAGUAGUCUGAUGUAAAAAACUUGACCAGAACUAUAUUAGUUGUCCCUAUAUUAGUGUGCAGUUGAAUGGUUUUGGUGUGAUGAAGAGAGGCUGAUGAGUGCCGUCUGUCUGAAGGAGAAAGAGCCGUCAGAUCCAAACUAACAAUCAACCAAAUGAGAGCGAAGCCCUCCAGUCACAGAUCCUGCUACAGACCAGACCUUUGCCUUAACAGAUGAUUACUGUCUUCAAGCCAUACUGGCUAAAGCGAAUGUUCUCCAGACCAGAAGUCCUCCCAUCUACACACUCUGUCCGUUGUAUAAAGCAGUCUGGAGUCGUACAUCCAGGUCCCGAGAUGUGUUCAUGUGUGGUUUGAAGCUGUAAGAAUGUAUCCGGCGCUGAAUGAGACAGAUUUGUUCCUCUAUGCAGAUGGACUGCGUGCGACUCGUUGAAAUGGUGCAUCUAAACUCAGGACUGAGUGCCGGGUUCAUCGUUAGCGUUGGUUUUUCUUCAGAGCCGUUGAGAAAACCCAUGCGGAUUCGCUCUGUUCUGUUCCUGAAUGUUUGUCCGGUGGACUCUUGUGAUUGAAUGCUGGGAUGUUUGUGGUAUGGCCCAUCAUGUCUUAGAUUAACACUAUAAUGAAGCGGCGUGUUGGUCCGUUGGCCUCAUGGGAUAAGCGUUUGCGUGUCCAUUGCGUUCUGCUUUCGUUUCAACACUAGUUUUGCUCACAGACUCCGUGUGUUGUGCUGUCGCAGUUCUGUGUGCGUACGAUUCACAGCCUGAGAAAUACUCCAUGUGACAAAGUUAGAAUGAAUAUAUUAUUCAUAUUUAUAGUUCUCGAUAUAAACUAGUAUUUAAAGUAUGUAGCCGUGUGCUCCGCAUGUGUUUGGUUUGAAGUGGGUGACGUUAGUGACGCUGACGUGUUCUGUGUUUGUAUGUUGGUGUGCUACAGCACUCAUUCACUCCACCACGACUCAAUCACCAAUUCAACUAUUACCUAUGAUCUUGAAUGAUUAAGAUACUUGUACACUAUAUUUAGAUAUAGUCACAAGCAUAUAACGUGUGUGUUUCUCACUGAUCUAGCUGCAGCCUCUAGUGCUUCUGUAGAAGUGUUUUUAGUUUCUCUGUUGCCCUGGGCAUGUCCUGGCGUAUCUCAUCGUUUCAUGUUCUCUCGUUAGCUUAUUGCUGCGUGUCCAAACCAGUUCACACCUCGAGGUCAGCUCUAGUUCACACUACACUUCCUCACUACCUUGUAAAUAUCUUUAACCUAACCAGAUUAAUCAAAGGAGUGGAAUAAUAACAGCAAAUGUAUUUAUUUCAGGGGUUUUCUUUCUUUUUCUUUCUUCUGUUACAGUAGUUUCAUGUGAAUCGAUUUUCUUUUUGUAGUUGUUCGGUUUUAGUCUGCAGAUUCUCAUCUUUGGUCUGAUUUUUCAGUGUUUGGUCACAUUUCUAUCUUUUCUAUGCCUAUUAAAGAAGGCUCUGUUGAGCAGUGGUUUGUGUCCUGCUGAACCACGAGGCUGGAACUGACCGACUGAUCGAGCUGGAACAGUAAUGUUUUGAUAUACUGUACUGUUAUUUGUCACAUGUAUGCUUUUUUCUAACAUUUUAAUGGUUAAGGGUAUCAACGCUUUGUACAUCUUUAUUGCAAUAUAUUAAAAUAAAUUGAAAUGAUAAUCA